CUAGCACACACAGCAGACGCGCAACGAUGUGCGCCGAGCGGUUGGAGCCAGUCUCCCUGCAUUGCCAAUUUCAUUGAACCGAAGACUGCAUUGUUACCAUUUUUGAAGACCCAAGUUAACCUUUUAUUCACAACACUCCUUCCUUUUCGUCCUUGUCUUGUCUUUUCAAUAUGUGCUGAUAUUGAAGGGGAGAGGGGAAGGUAGAAUGGGCGAAACCCUCUGGUUCCCUGUGUAACUCUGGGAAUGGAUCCGACGUUCUCGCAGGGAGACAAAGACAAUGAGGUCCGUCUGGAGGGGAUGAGGGAUGGGGCUGGCUUCAUGAGAAUGCCAGAGCACCCCUGUGGGAGUCCCGUAGCCUAGCCGUCCAGCACCUCUCCUCCUGGAUGAGGGAGGGUGAGCCCUUCACCUCUCCUCUCUCCCUGCUGCACUCUGCCGGAGGACAGCGCCUCUCCUCGUCCUCUUCCUCAUCAGUGGCCGCUACUGCCCUUGUCGCCGCCAUGACCCUGGAGCAGAAGACCACCUUCGCCCUGGUCCUCUUCCUCUUCGGUGUCCUCCUCAUCCUAAUCGUGCGGUGCUUUCGCAUCCUGCUGGACCCCUACCGCAGCAUGCCCACCUCCACCUGGGCAGACGGCCUGGACGGGCUGGAGAAGGGCCAAUUCGACUAUACACUGGCAUAG